AAUGUCAGCUGUGAUGAAGUAAGACCGAAUUGCCUUUGACGUCCACCCUUUUGAGAAAACUUUACCACACACAGCAAUUUUGGAGGUUUAACACACCCCAACUCAACGCUGAGAUGUGCAUCUGGUGAAGCCAUUGGGCGCAUGGCCCAGGUUGUAGGAGAUCCCAGAUUUGUGGCUGAAAUGGCACAGAACAGUUUUGAUAAACUGAAGAGUGCCCGUGAUGCUGUCAGUCGAACUGGCCACUCACUCGCACUUGGUUGUUUGCACCGAUAUGUAGGUGGUAUGGGAUCAGGCCAACAUCUCAGCACCUCCAUAAGCAUCCUGUUGGCACUUGCAAAGGACACUACAUCUCCUGUUGUACAGGUUUGGGCACUGCAUGCACUGUCCAUGAUAGCAGAUUCUGGAGGACCAAUGUUCCGUUCCUAUGUUGAGCCAUCCCUCGCCCUGCUCCUAGAACUCUUGCUCACUGUCCCACUCCACACUGCUGAAGUUCAUCAGUGUAUUGGGAAAUGUCUUCAGGCUCUUAUUACAACCGUUGGACCUGAGCUUCAAGGUACAAGCAGCAGUGUGGUGAUGGUGCGAUGGUCUCUCCUCUGUGGAUGUGAGCUGGUGCAAGAACACCCAGACCCUCUAGUACAGGCAGAAGCCAUUGCUUGCCUUCAACAAAUGCACAUGUUUGCUCCAAGACAUGUCAAUCUGUCUUCCCUUGUUCCUAUGCUUGUGAGAAAGCUGAGUUGCAACCAUCUUCUACUGCGCCGGUCAGCAGUAUCUUGUCUGAGACAGCUGUCACAGAGGGAAGCCUGGGAAGUGUGUGAGCAUGCACUGAGUCUGGCUCAAGGAAAUGAAGAUUCUGAUCAAGGAUUGGUAAUGACAGAGACUGGCCUCCCUGGUGUCUUAUUUGGGCUCUUGGACACAGAAACAGACUGUGUACUUGUAAGGAAUGUGCAUCACACUUUAACAUCAACAUUGCAAGCUCUAGCAACCUCUCACCUUAACCUGUGGCUAACACUGUGUAGGGAAGUCCUCACCAGUGCAUCAGAAAGUGGAUCAGGUGAAGAGACAGGAGAAGCAGGUGAGGGUGGAGAUGAUGACGACAUGGUACAGAUUCACACUGGGGGAGAGCCAGACCCCCAUCCAAGCAUCCCCCCGCGGUGGACCACAAGGGUGUUUGCUGCUCAGUGCAUUGCCAAGAUCAUACAGGAGUGUGAGAAUAAUCGUGCCCACUUUGAUUUAGCUCUUGCCAGGGAGAUGCAGACCACCAAGAUGAAGGGAGAUUACUUGGUAUUGCAUUUGAGUGAAUUGGUACGCAUGGGCUUCAUGGGCGCGACGAGCGAUAGCGAUGACUUGCGGUUAGAGGGCCUGCACAUCUUACAUCUUGUUAUUGAUAAAUUUGCCCACAUCCCGGAACCUGAAUUUCCAGGCCAUGUAAUACUUGAACAAUAUCAAGCUCAGGUGGGGGCAGCCCUACGUCCUGCUUUUGCCCCUGAGACUGCUUCACAUGUAACAGCUCGAGCAUGUGAGGUGUGCAGUGCCUGGAUCUGCUCAGGUGUAGCCAGAGAUUUGAAUGACCUGCGCCGUGUACAUCAGCUCUUAGUGUCUUCCUUGGCCAAGUUGAAUAAGGGCAAUACCAAGGGGCUGUAUAAUGAAAGUGCUGCCACAUUGGAGAAGCUAGCUAUACUUAAAGCCUGGGCUGAGGUGUAUGCUGUGGCUUUAAAAGGUGCAGAUGGUGGGGAGCAAAAUGAGAAUGGUGAGGAUGAAAGACCAGAAGCUGAGAUUGUUACACAGUCUUCAGAAGAAAGCUUAUUGAGCUUAGUGCAGCCAGAGCUUGUGGCUUUGUCCAAGUCCUGGUUGGCAGCGCUGAAGGAUCAUGCACUGCUCUCUUUACCUCCAGAAUUUUCUAGUCAGCUGCCUCAUGAUGGAGGGGCAUUCUACUCAAAUGAAAGUGUGGAUGGAGUGCGACCUUAUUACCGGAGUGCCUGGCCCCCCAUGCUCUAUGCUGCUGCCCUUUGGCUCAGUUCUGGAGGUUAUGACAAGGCUGGAGAGGAGGAAGUGAAUGGCGCUGUUGAUAGUCCUACCUCUGUUAACAUAACAUCGCCCACCACAACACCUACAAAGAGUGCGGAAGUCAUUAAUACUGAUCGCUUUUACCUGCUUUUAGGUAUAUGUCUAGAGUGGUUGUGUAGCCCUAUUCAUAGUGACGACCCAGACCGCAGCAUUGUGUGCCUGAAGUCACUUGAAACAUUGUUGUCUUCCCCAUUUCCAAUGAAGCUUGUGGGCCCCAACAGCAGCUUAACAACAGAAAUUGCAACAGUGAUGCACAGGCAAGUCUUGAGUUCAGACCACACAGAAGUACACCAGUUAGCAGUGACUGUUGUCUCUCUUGUGGUAAAAGCUGCCCAACAGGCUCUGGAUGAGGAGAAACGGAAAAAGAAAAAACACAAAGAUGAAAAACCAGCUAAUCAGGAGUGUGAAGGAUGUGAAGCUGACCUCUUGGGAGAAGGCAAAGAAUCAGGGGAGAUUAACAGUGCCCAGUCCCUGGUAUUCACUGCUUUGCAGGUAUGUCUAUGUACCCUUGUCCGUCACAAGCCAAGACUGGCACCACAAGUGGUGUCUUCAGCGCCAUCACUGCUGGCACCACCACGGCACCAUGCCAAAAGUCACCAAGUGGAUGCCCUUCUCUCAUCUACAGUGACUCUUCUAACAGCACUGCCAAACCUGUGCUCUCCUGCAGGAGGAGUAGCCAUCUUACCCACAGUGUUGUACCUGAUAACUGGGGUGCUUAAAGAGUGUGGGAGCAAGGCCCGCCUGAGCCACAUCUCACAUCCCACUCCAGUGCCCAUGGUAGUGGUACUUGAUGCCUUGGCCACCCUUGCUCGACACCCCUAUGCUCGAGAUCACAGAUCACAAGACCAGUGGUGCAGUCUGCUGCAGUCUGCCCUGGCAAAUAUUAUAGAUCUGAGUAAGACCAGUGAUGAUGAGAGAGUGAUAGAUGAAGUAGUUGUGCUGAGAGGUAUUGCACAACUAAUCCUUCAUGCUCCAGCAUCAGUUAGCAGACCUCACAAUCUCCAGUAUCCUGCCAUAAACUUAUUCAAGAUGGCCACCCAGCACCAGCAACUUAAUGUUCGCAUUCAAUGUAUACAGACCCUUGAGUCAAUCUUCAGUCACACAGAUGGUGAAGUGUCCACCCCUUACAUUCAUGCUCUUGCUCCUCGCAUACUGGAAUACUUACACGAGUCUCAUGCCAAUGUCAGCUCAGAAGAGGAACUGCAGCUGAUCACAGAGAGUAUUAGUGCGAUGGAGCUCCUUAUUCCAAGAACAUUGCCUGAGCACAGAAAUGAACUGGUUGGGGUAUUAGUGGGCAUAAUGGUUGGAGCUUUGCAAGACACCAAUAGACUAAGCAGCGUCAGUCAGCACACACGUCAGCUGCAUCAGUAUGCCCUUAGCAGACUCCAGAAGAUUGGGCCACAGUAUCCUCAGGAGUUCCGUGCAGUCUUGACAAGCAAGCCAGAGCUGCGCCUGAGGCUAGAGAGUGCAGUGCGCAGCCAGCAGGAAGCAAGGAGCAAAGUGGACAACACUGCAUCUCAGGACGCAUCGCAUCACCAGCCAACCAUUAAACUAAAAACCGAUUUCUCAAAUUUUGCAUCAAAGACAUAGUAUACUUUUUCCAGAUUGUGAGGCUAUUCUUGCAAUUCCUUGUCACAACUUACUGUGUAAAUGAUGAAAGGAAAUGCUGCAUAUUUCAAACUUGAUUGGCAUUAAAACAGUUAUUUUAUUAUUAUUACUGGUUUGUAAUGGGUAAGAUGUGUAUUUUUUAAUUAUCUGGUUUCAGUAAGUGUAUAUUUAUCAUGCAAAGCAUCAUGAUAAGAAGAGGCAGAGUCCCUUUUAAGAACUCAGAAUGUCUAGACUGACUCUCACUGUUUUAAUUUAUUCUUUUAUCUUUUUUGCUUUUUAGACAUCUUUCUUGUAUUUUAUUGAUUACAAACAUAAUUUUUUUAUAGAGCUGUGCCAGAAGUUUUGCUUGUAGUGUAUUGUUUUAUGUAACCAAAGAUAGCAUUUUUAUAUAGUCUUAUUUUUGUGCUACGAUUUUUAUUGUAUUUAGCUUAUUCAAAAGAAGAAAAUGAACACUCAUAUAGUCACAUAGUGACACUCUUUCAUGGAUAUACUCACACUUACACUCACACUCACAUUCACAUUUACAUUUACAUUCACAUUCACACACACUCACAUUCACAUUCAGCCCCCCCCCCCAACCCAGUAUGUUUUUCUUAAGUAAAUUAAACAAUUGAGCUAAUAGUUAUGUGGGAGUUUAGGCUAGAUUAAAUACCUUCUUGAUAGUAAUUUGCAUUUUAAAACUAACAGAACAUAGUGAAGAGCUGUGAAAUAUUCUCUUGGUAAUGUCUCAUGAUAUCCCAUGAGGGUAGACAAAUGAUGCUAAGAGAAAACAGGUGUGCUUAUGGAAUGGACUCCCCUUUUUUAAACAUUCAGGUGGGUUGUUCAGGCAUCAGGGUAGUCAGUCACUUUUUGUUUUGGAAUCCCAUUGUUCAUGACAUUUGAGAAGCGCGUUUGCAUCAUAAUAGGACUUCAAUUUGUAAGUACACCCAAAGUAUGUGAUAUUUCCCUUCCAAUCCUCCAGUGUGGCGAUCCAAGCCUUUGCAUUCCUAUGUAUGUAGGCAACGGUCCCUAGUGCACUGUUACUACACAAAAAUGACCAUUUAUAUAAUCUUAGUUUAUAAAUAUGAAGGUAAAAGAUAUAGUAAUAUUGGAUGUGAAGUUAUUAAACCCUAUAGCAAUAAUAUUAAAUCAGUUAUU